CUUAGCCACACCCAACAAUCAAUACCUGUUACAGCACCCAGUAGGACAUAUAGUGUAUCUAUUAUUUAGAACUACGCCUUGGAAUAUGACAAGUUAUAGAUCAAGUGAUUCAAUAAUAGACCGAUCCUGCGCCUCAGCAUCACGUGAUAUAUUGACAAGUAGAUCAGGCAGUUCUAGUUCGUUGUUUGCGCAACAACUCCAUGUCUCUUCUAAUAACUAUCGCAUCUGUUCGCUUCAAAGCCCUUCCUAAUGCUAGGCAGUUCUAGUAUCAUACCAGCAACUCCAACUCUUACACGAAUUACACUGUUCAACCUGUACAGGUUCGCUUGGCCGUGAGAAACGAUGGAAGAGGACUCAAUAGACUUCUUGCCGCCUUACGAGGCCAUUGAGGGGAAAUCCCAGAUCGACGACACUAAGCCAGCGACCUUUAUCCUUGUAGAUCGAGUCAUAGUAUCAGAAAAUGCGCCCUCGACACCACUCUACCAGAUAAACUACGAUAUCACCUCUACUAAGCAACGGCACUCGUCCGUGGCAUUCGAGAGCGUUGAAAACGAUCCACCACUACUGGGAAUUAAGGGGGGAGCUCCCAUAAACCCAGAACCCCGCCCUCUAUUCUACCUCGCACACCCACAAGACCCCCAGUACCGGGAGGACAGGCCACCCUACUACCUCACCUCCGUGUCUCCUGGAUCCCUAGGAAACAUCGCCCUCGAGAUCUCCAAGUCACGGCUGCAAAGGACAGAAUACAGGUUCUCACUGAGCCCGAACAGGAACUGGAUGGAUGAUAUUCUGUUCGAUAGGGACGCUCAGCUACUGUUCAGCGUCAAGUCUAAAUUGAUAGGUGGUCGGUUAGCGUGGACAGACUCCAACGGUUUCCAGCUAGCAUAUGAGGAUGGGAAGGAUGCGCAGCACAGACUGGUGAUCACGGUUCCGAUGAAGGUAGAGAUAAGGCAUGCGCUGGUCGCUACUUGGUGUUUGAGGUUAUGGCACGACACCGCUGAGAGCAGGCAGGCCAAGAAAGAAGCGCUGGAAAGAAUGACACCCCCUGAAGCCAUCAGAGAGAUUCCCGACAGGCAAAUGGCUACAAGGAUUGGGGUUAUGGGGGCUUUCGGAGGGGCAGGUGCCUGACGGGCUUGUAUAUUAGGAGACAUCGUUACUGAAAUAAUUUGAAAUGAACGUCAUACGGCUUAAGGAAGAGAGCGAAGGGUUAUGAGCGACGUCCGUCGGUACGUUGACCCACAACCCCGAUCAGGUAUGAUCAGGUGUCUAGUUGGGCAGUAACGAAGUUUACCCACCUAGUGUGUACACCAUGCAAUGAAUAUAUCAUUUAACAUGUCGAAAGAGUAU